AUGUCAAGACUCACUGAUGAUGCCGACUACGGUGCUGGCAAGACGUCUGAGAAUGUUGGUAUCUCCCAUCUUGUGUUGUCUUGUGCUCCUCGCCUUAAAAAUAUCACAUUGGAGAACUGUCCCGAGCUUGCCGCCAUUCUUAUUCAUCCUAUCACUCAAUUGAGUCGACUCGAUGGUUUACCCGUUUCUGUAGCUGCCGCUUCUGCUAGUGCUGACUCCAUUGCUGGUAUUUCAGGCAACUGUCCAGCCGCCGCUGCAGUUGCAGCUGCUGCCGCUGCAGUAGCUGCCGCCGCCGCUUCAGCCAAUUCAACCACUUCUAGCUCGGGAUGCAUCUCUUCAAUCGCCACAUCGUCAUCAAUUCCUGUGUCUAAUCAUUUGCAAUCUACGGGAGGUGCAUUUUCUGGUGGCUUCCCUUCUCUCCAGCUACCCGGCCUUCUACCUAACACGUCGCAAAUGACCUGCUCUUUUGAUCCACUUCCAGCACUCCGUCGAGUUCGCAUCAUCCGCUGCCCCAAGUUUGCUAUCUACCAUUGGCUGUAUACUGCUGCUCUUCUAUACCCUGAACAUGAUGAGAAUCUUUUUAUUACCUUUCGUAAAGUUGCCUAUCUUUAA